AGAGUCUUGCUGUGUCGCCAGGCUGGAGUACAGUGUGUGAUCCUGGCUCGUUGCAACCUCCGCCUCCUGUCCUGGGUUCAGGCACUUCUCCCACCUCAGCUUCCUUAAUAGCUGGGAUUACAGGCACCUGCCACCAUGGCCAGCUUAAUUUUUGUAUUUUUAGUAGAGAUGGGGUUUCGCCAUGUUAGCCAGGCUGAUCUUGAACUCCUGACCUCAGGUGAUCUGCCCGCCUUGGCCUCCCAAAGUGCUGGGAUUACAGGCAUGAGCCACCGUGCCUGGCCAUGGGCCUUACAUUUUCAUUUGGCUUCAGCAUAAGCAUCCUUUUUGGGUUUUUUUUUUUUUGAGAUGGAGUCUCACUGUUGCCCAGGCUGGAGUGCAGUGGCAUGAUCUCAGCUCACUGCAACCUCUGCCUCCUAGGUUCAAGCGAUUCUCUUGCCUCAGCCUCCCAAGUAGCUAGGACUACAGGCACCUGCCACCACGUCUGGCUGAUUUUUGUAUCUUUAGUAGAGAUGGGUUUCACCAUGUUGGCCAGGCUGGUCUCGACCUCUUGGCCUCAAGUGAUCCAACUGCCUCGGCCUUCCAAGGUGCUGGGAUUACAUGGAUGAGCCACUGUGCCCGGCCAGCAUGAGCAUCCUUGAUUCAGCAAAAUGAGCAAGUGCAAGUCUUCCUUGGGUUGCUAGAUAUUUUCAUAGAAGAGCCGAGCAAGAUCAUCACAUUUUAGUAGGCCUAGUUAGUAAGUGGUGAUCAGAGCCAAUGGAUUCCCUCUUGGAUAGAAAUAGCCAUAAGGUCAGAUAGCUGUUUCUCAAACUAAACUUUUGGGGGAUGUGGGGGGUUGAGGAGACAUAGUUUUGCUCUGUUGCUCAGGCUGGAGUGCUGGGAGUGCUGUGGCAUGAUCCUGGCUCAUUGCAGCCUUGACCUCCCAGGCUCCUAAAGUUCUGGGAUGACAGGCAUCAGCCACUGUGCCCAACCUAAAGGCUUCUGCUUGUAGCUAACAACACUUUUGUUUUGUUUUUGAGAUGGAAUCUCCCUCAGUUGCCCAGGGUGGAGUGCAGUGGCGUGAUCUCGGCUCUCGGCAAGCUCUGCCUCCCGGGUUCACGCCAUUCUUCUGCCUCAGCCUCCUGAGUAGCUGGGACUGCAGGCACCCGCCACUACACCCGGCUAAUUUUUUUGUAUUUUUAGUAGAGACGGGGUUUCACCGUGUUAGCCAGGAUGGUCUCGAUCUCCUGACCUCGUGAUCCGCCCGUCUCGGCCUCCCAAAGUGCUGGGAUUACAGGCGUGAGCCACUGCCACUGCGCCCGGCUGCUAACAGCACUUUUUAAAGUUUCCCAUUGUUUUAGUGACAGGAAGUAUACUGUUCUCCCUCCCCCUCAUUUUGUAGACUGACCACAAAUCAGAGAUUAUUUUACCAGAAACUUUUUUUGGGGGGGUUGGGGGCUUAUUUUUUUCGAGAAGGUCUCACCCAGUCACCCAGGCUGGAGUGCAGUGGCAUGAUCACGGCUCACCAGGCUCACCACAGCCUCAGCCUCCCACGUCAGCCUCCCAAGUAGCUGGGACUGUAGGCCUGUGCCAUCACACCCGGCUAAUUUUUGUGUUUUUUUGUAGAGACAGGGUUUUGCCUUGUUGCCCAGGCUGAUCUGAAACUCCUGGGCUUCUAAAGUGCUAGGAUUACAGGCAUGAGCCACUGCGCCAGGCCCUUUUUUUUUUUUUUAAAGAAAAAAUGACUGAGAAGGAUGGCUUGUGCUUGUGAGGAGGAAGGGGAUGCAUUCGUGGAAUUCCCCAGCUCAGGAACUAUUUCCAAUCAAUUUCCUGGUAGUUAAAACACUUCCUUGGCACCCCUGUUGUCAUCUCUUGAAGAAAUGUGGGCCAGAGGACACACUAGAGAUGCUGGAAUCGGGUGUCCAGAAAGGACACAAAACUGCCCUGUGGCAAUGACAUAAUUUUUGUCAACUUUAGUUUCUUAUCUAUCUCAAAGUAUUAUAGUGAGGAUUCCAGGAGAGACACCCAUAGGAUCAUGUGGUGGGCCUUAGAUUUCAUUCAUUUGUGUAAUGAGUAUUGAGCAACUGCUAUUGGGUGGCGUGACUGACUGGAUGGAUGAAUAAGGUGAAGAUCUGGGCGCCAGGACUGGCUUUCUCAUGCAAUUCCGUGAUGAGGGGGCGGGUCUCGAGGUAGGUGCCACGUGCACCUACUCGAGAUUCUGCACCUACCCGGGGUUUUGACUGCCGGCCACGCGAGUUUGGCACGCCGGAUAUGACGUCACCCCGUGGUUCCCGGAACCUGGCGGUGGGACCGGAAAUCAAGUCUACAGGGUGGGGGGGCACAGAUGACCGGAAGCGUGCCCUGGCGGCGCUGCCAGCCCCAGCUGGGAGCUGGUAGGGGAGUGCGAGGAAGGCGGGACGCAGGGCGGAGCCGCUGCAGGGGCGGGGCCUGCGGGCAGGAGCCGGGGGUUGGGGCGGGAACCCCUCGUCCCCUCCAGACCCCGCCUGCUCGGGCGCGGGCGGCGGCGCGGCCAUGAAGCUGAAGCUGAAGAACGUGUUUCUCGCCUACUUCCUGGUGUCGAUCGCCGGCCUCCUCUACGCGCUGGUACAGCUCGCCAAGGGAAUGGAUCGAACCCUGCCCCUUAUGCAAAGAUUUAGGGACAGUGCCACUGCGUUAUCCUCAGGCCAGCCAUGUGACUGCCUUCCUCCCCUGCGGGCAGCAGCCGAGCAGCUACGGCAGAAGGAUCUGAGGAUUUCCCAGCUGCAAGCGGAACUCCGACGGCCACCCCCUGCCCCUGCCCAGCCCCCUGAACCCGAGGCCCUGCCUACUAUCUAUGUUGUUACCCCCACCUAUGCCAGGCUGGUACAGAAGGCAGAGCUGGUACGGCUAUCCCAGACACUGAGCCUGGUGCCCCGACUGCACUGGCUACUGGUGGAGGAUGCUGAGGGUCCCACCCCGCUCGUCUCAGGGCUGCUGGCUGCCUCUGGCCUCCUCUUCACACACCUGGUAGUCCUCACGCCCAAAGCCCAGCGGCUUCGGGAGGGCGAGCCUGGCUGGGUUCAUCCCCGUGGUGUCGAGCAGCGGAACAAGGCUCUGGACUGGCUCCGGGGCAGAGGGGGUGCUGUGGGUGGGGAGAAGGACCCACCACCACCAGGGACCCAAGGAGUCGUCUACUUUGCUGACGAUGACAACACCUACAGCCGGGAGCUGUUUGAGGAGAUGCGCUGGACCCGUGGUGUCUCAGUGUGGCCUGUGGGGCUGGUGGGCGGCCUGCGAUUCGAGGGCCCUCAGGUACAGGACGGCCGGGUAGUGGGCUUCCACACAGCAUGGGAGCCCAACAGGCCCUUCCCUGUGGAUAUGGCCGGAUUUGCUGUGGCCCUGCCCUUGCUGUUAGCUAAGCCCAAUGCCCAGUUUGAUUCUACUGCUCCCCGGGGCCACCUGGAGAGCAGUCUUCUGAGCCACCUUGUGGAUCCCAAGGACCUGGAGCCACGGGCUGCCAACUGCACUCGGGUACUGGUGUGGCAUACACGGACAGAGAAGCCCAAGAUGAAGCAGGAGGAGCAGCUGCAGCGGCAGGGCCGGGGCUCAGACCCAGCAAUUGAGGUGUGAUGGCGCCCCCACUCCAACUACCACCUCUUUUCAGGCACAGACCUUGUGGGACUGGGCCCCAGGCCUGCCCAGGAUGUGGUUUUCCAAGUCCUGACCCCUUGGAGCCAGAAGUGGCCCCUCUGCCCCUGCAGGUCCAGGGCAUGGUCCUGCUGCUUCACUCCUCCCCCAGCCUGCCGUGUGGCACUGCCCACAGGCUGGGGACAAGCAGCCCUUGUAUUGAGCCAGGUUGGCCCUGUCUAGGGUGGAACAGAAGGACAGACGGACCCAGGAGGGAGGGCAGCUGAGUAACUGGGUAACUUAUUGGGGCUGGGCAUGCACUGGGGGGCUGGAGGAGCUGGGCUGGACCCUCCCCACCUGAGCAUGCUGACCCCCUUCCUACCUCCAGAAUAAAGAAUCUCAGCCUGGA